UCCCUCUCUCUUCUCCACUAUGGACAGAGCCUCCAGUGAGCUGCUGCCUGCCCGCCUCAGACCCAGUUGACAUGGGGACUUUUGGAGCAACUCGGUUGUGCUGGGUGAUCCUGGGCUUCCUCCUACUCCAAGGUCACCACCCCCAGCCCACGGCAAUACAACUACCUACACCUCAGGGAAACUUCAGUAGUCUCAAUGUGACCAAAAAGCCAAAUUCUGCCAGCACAGGAGACAGCCCUUCCUUGGAGCCCAGAAUCUCAAGCACUCUGGCCAACACUGGUACCCCAGGUACUCUGCCUCUCAGAGCACACACACAGUCGGCUCAUCACCCAGGGAGGGUCCCGCAGGAGAGAGGCACAGUCUCUAUUCCAAGGGAGAAUACAGUGACUCCAGAGCUGGCCUCAAAGGUCCCCAUGGAAACCAGCAAGAUGGAGCUGAGAUGGAGCACCACAUAUGGCCAGUACUCCUCCCUGCCGGGCCUGACCCAGGCCCAGACACAGAAACACACAUCGGCACUGGACACCUCUCAGAACAUCACUCCCAAAACAACCACAAUGAGCCUAAGGACAAGAGAUUUGGUCAUUCAGCCCAGCCCCACGUCAGAGACAGUGCUCACUGUGGCUGCAUUUGGUGUUAUCAGCUUCAUCGUCAUCCUGGUAGUAGUGGUGAUUGUCCUAGUCAGCGUGGUCAGUCUAAGGUUUAAGUGUCGGAAGAACAAGGAAUCUGAAGAUCCCCAGAAACCAGGAAAUUCAGGGCUAUCUGAAAGCUGCUCCACAGCCAAUGGAGAAAAAGACAGAAUCACCCUCAUCUCCAUGAAGAAUAUCAACACGAAUAAUAGCAAAGGAUGCCCCUCAGCAGAGAAGGUUCUUUAGAAGCAACCCUGGGGUUUCCAUGGGUUCAAGGACAAUGCAGCUGACCUGUGAUUAUAAGGAGGAAGAAGAUGGAGCUGGUAGAAGCAGUGAACCAUACAUAAAUUAUUUUAUUGUUUGACAUCUACUCCCAGUCUAAGAGACACUAGUGUUACUCCAAAUCUGGAAUCAAUUUCCAACAGGAGAGACUUUGCCCUACAUGGGCAGACACUCUAGAAAUACAGCCUACUACUUCCACCUUCUCAAAGUUAUAGGAAGGAGUAGGCUAUAGGCAACAGCAAGGAAAUCACAAAGUGUACUGGUUCUUCCUACCUUGCAUUAAAAUUAUCUUCUGGC